UUCAGGAAGGAAGAUCAGCUGCACGUCUUGAAACUUUUUAGGCUAGUGGCCCGAGAAACUCACGAUCAAGACGAGUGAAAUGGAGAGCAUUUCAGUAGAAGAUGAAGAAGGCAAUCAUGUCAUAAGAAUUUGGGAGGUGAACGAGGAUCGCUUGAACUGGAUGCACCAAAAAAUCUCCGACCCACCAAAAUUAUUGACCAAAGCAGCUGCUAACAGUUCAUGUUGCAUCUUUAAAGUCCCCCAAAGAUUCAUUGAUAUCAACGGUAAGUCCUACCAACCUCAUGUAGUUUCAAUAGGACCUUAUCACCAUGGUGAGGAACACCUUAAAAUGAUAGAAGAACACAAGUGGAGAUAUUUAGGUUCUAUCCUCUCGAGGACACAGAACAAAGGUGUGGACUUGGAAGCCUUGUUGAAGGCAAUACAGCCACUAGAAAAGAAAGCAAGAGAGUGUUACUCACAAAUUAUCCACUUUGACACCGAUGAAUUUAUUGAGAUGAUGGUUGUAGAUGGUUGUUUUAUUAUAGAGUUGUUUCGUAAAGUUGGAAAUGUUGUUGAAUUCGAGGUUGAUGACCCUAUUGUUACCAUGGCAUGGAUCAUACCUUUUUUUUACAGGGAUUUACUAAGACUCGAGAACCAGAUUCCUUUCUUUGUUCUUGAGUGUUUAUUUGAUAUAACAAGAAUGCCAGGAGAAGAAUCUGGCCCUUCUUUGUGCAAACUUGCGUUGGAUUUCUUCAAUUAUGCUCUUCAAAGACCAGAUAAUAUUAUUGCAAGGCAUAAUGAUCUUAAAGCCAAACAUCUACUCGAUUUAGUUCGUUCAAGUUUCAUAGAUUUUGAGCAAGGCCAAUCACUCCAUGUGGACACAUCGACUCCCGUGAUUCACUCUGUAUCCAAACUUCGCCGUGCCGGAAUUGAGCUGAGUCAAGGAAAUCCUGAGAAAAGUUUCUUGAUGGUGAAAUUCAAGAACGGGGUGAUAGAGAUGCCUCCCAUAACCAUCGAUGAGACUAUAACUUCAUUUUUGCUAAAUUGUGUAGCAUUCGAGCAGUGUCAUAAUGGUUCUUCCAAGCAUUUCACAACGUAUGCAACUCUUCUGGAUUGCCUGGUUAACACCUUCAAAGAUGUAGAACAUCUAUCUGACUGCAAUAUUAUCGAGAAUUACUUUGGUACUGAUUCAGAAGUUGCAAGUUUCAUCAAUGAUCUUGGUAAAGAAGUAGCAUUUGACAUCGAAAGGUGUUAUUUGUCCAAGUUGUUCCAUGAUGUUGACCAAUACUACAAGAAUAGUCGGCACGUACAGUGGGCAAGCUUCAAGUAUACUUAUUUUAACACCCCUUGGUCUUUUGUAUCUGCAUUGGCUGCCUUGAUUAUCCUUCUUCUUACGGUGUCUCAAACCGUCUACACCAUUUAUGGCACUUACAAAAACUAAACCCUACAUGUAUAUCUGGUAUGCUUUGAUGAGAACAUAAUACACUAUAUAUGAUCCAUGCAUUGUAUC